UUAUAUAUUAUUAACACAACUGGUAAUACUGAAUUUACAAGAACUGUAUGCUAAGCAGAGAAAUGAAAUUAUGUGCAUUAAUUUGAACUAAGUGGCAGCAGAUAAUUUUGACAUUGUAUAUAUUUACCAUUUAUUUUUUCAUCAUUCCUUCUUUUAUCUGUGCGGUUUAAAGGACAUUAAAGAUCCACUGCUAAUCAGCCACUUGAUUAUUUUUGUUUAAGGAAACUGUACCAUCAAGAAUCUGAAUAAUAAUCUCUACGAAAGUCCUAAUUUUGUCCAAAAUGCAAAUGUGAGAGCAGUGUGACAUUCACUCAGCCAAACAAGUCAUAAGUUUCUUCCUCAUAUUAUCAAAGAAAGAUCAACAACAAUGGGCAGACAUGGAAAGUCUAGCACUGGCCCGCACAAGCACUGUGAGACGUGUUAUAACCACCACUGUAAAGUCCCUGUGGAGAUCUCCACUUCCUGUGUAGUCAUUUCCUGCCGUCUCCUCUGUGGGGCUACUUUCCACCUGUGCAAGGAAGAUGAGCACCGUCUGCUCUGCCCUAGGGAGAUGGUACCCUGCCUCAGUGCCCACUACGGCUGCCCCAUGUCCAUGCCCCGACACCGGCUUGCCCAGCACCUGGAGGUGUGCCCAGCCAGCGUGGUCAGCUGCUCCCUGGAGUGGAACCGGUGGCCCAUCCCUGAGACAGACACAGCCUUCUACGAGAACGCUCUGAGUGAACCCAAUUACAUGAAUCAGCUCGAUGUAGCAAUGGCUCUCAGGGACCAGAAGCUCCUUUUCAGCUCCAUUAAGAUGAGUAGAUUGUUUCCUGAGCUCAUGGAGAGGCUCGAGGGACCUGCUGUACAGGAAACUGAUGGAGCAUCUGGGGACGUGGGCCCGAAUGCAUGGAAGGCUGGAGACUUAAGCCGAGAUGAAACUUUAGAUGUCUCUGAUGGCCAAGAGGUGCAGGAACUGACACGGGAGGAGAUUAUGGCUCUGGCCAGGACCAAAGAUUUGGCCUGCCUGGAGAACUAUGUAAUGUGGGAGGGGAUGUUUAAAAAGGAGAUGGAGGGUUGCAAACAAACAGUGAAAAACCUGCAGGAUAACACUGGUCCCAAGAAAAAAGAGGGCCAGUCCACAGCUGGUUAUGGAGAGGCAGUACAGAGUCCUCAGGAAGUCCAAAAGUCUAAGAAUGUCGCUGCAGUGGAUCUUGCCAAGACUGGCUUUGCUCCUUGGCAGGACGGCGUCCUGGAAAGACUUCGCCAAGAGGUCCACGUAUCCGAGUAUAACAUGUAUCUUGUGCAUAAUGGUUGCAUGCUUAUCAAUUUUGGCCAGCUGGCAGCUUGCACCCCAAAAGAAAAAGACUUUGUUUAUGGGUCUCUAGAACCUAUCAAGGUGGAGACGAUUCGUUCUUUCAAUAUCCCCAAAAGCUUCACAGCCAAGCGUAACCACCUGAAAGAUCCAUCCCAGAGAGCCAAGAGAACUGACCAGAAUGUGGACACCUCGGAUUUGGGAGUGUCCAUCCAAGAACUUCCGAGGUCAGAUGAAGUCCAGACCACCCUGCUGUGCUGUCUAGAGAGGGAGCUGAAGGGCCACCAGAUAUGUGAGACUGUGGCGACAGACGGUCUCUAUGUGGACCAGGGCACACAGACCUACGAUUUCCCCUCUGCACCAUUCAGACCUGACACAUUGCUCAUUGACAUUACAGAUCGCAGCCCCCCGAGACUCUGUGUGCAGGUUCAGACCGAGUCUGUGACAAGGAGACACAACAAGUCCAGCUCAACCUUUACUUACCUCUGUAGCCACACCUUCCGGCGGGAUGAGUACCCCUGGCACUUCCGAAACGUGCACGCAGACAUCCAGUCCUGCCUUACGGGCUGGUUUAUACAGCGGUGUCCCCUGGCUUACCUGGGCUGCACCUACAACCAGUGCCACUUCCGGCCUUCCGUGAACCAGGCUGUGGUGAGCUAUAGCCAGGACCUCAGCGCUUUCACCCUCCGGCCACAGGUGGCAGCAUCACUGUACAAGGGUGUAAGAACUGGAAACAGUGAGCGAAAGCAUCCAAGGAACCUGGACCAGCUGAGCAGGCUUCCCUUUGAGAUCCUCCAGCACAUUGCCGGCUUCUUAGACAGUGUGUCUCUCUGCCACCUGUCUCAGGUGUCCCAGCUAAUGAGGGAGGUUUGUGAAACUUUGCUCCAGAAGAGGGGAAUGGUGUCUCUCAAGUGGGAGAAGAAGACCUACUCCCAUGGUGGGACCUGCUGGAGGGCCAGGAAAAAGGUGUGGGAAUUCAGCAGCCUCUUCUCUCCGGUGGACAAGUGGAUCUUCAAAGAGAUGCCACCCAUGGCCGAGCACCUGAAGGUCUGCCCUUACUACCAGUGUGAGAGGAGGAGUGAGCCCGUGGCCUUGGAAGAUGACUCGAGCACCUCAGGGGUUUUUAUCUUUAAUCUGGACGAGUACAGGCAUACCCACAAGCCUGCUAUGCCUGCGCCACAAGCCUGCGAUGAGUAUCCUACGGUCACUAAUACCGUAUAUGGAAGGUAAACGAUAUAAAUGGUCAGAUAAUUGAGCCGAUAAAACAUUGCUUAAUAUUCAUUUUUUAAAAAUCUGAGUUCUGAUUGGUGCAAUUUGUCAAUCAACAGGUCUUAAUAUGUUGCUAUGACAUAUAGUGUUGCUGUGUUCACAUCUGCUCCCUAUGUUCAGGUGUGUGUAUGCUUGUCUUUGUUGCCACACCCUUCUCAUGUGUCGCACCUGUUCCUUGUUAUCUCUGUUGUUACUAUGUAUUUAUAAAGUCCUGUUUGAUUGUUAGUCUUUGUCGGUGUUUGACCUGAUGUACGCUGUGUAUCAGCUGCUCCGCUGUGCGUUAGACAGCCUGUCAUGUUCUGAGUGUUACAGCAUGGCUGAGGACAAUGAUGACUGUAGCUUCAGGUCACACUUAGAGUCUGACCGUUCUGUGGACUCUCUAUGAGCAUCCCACAUCUGGAUGGGAAACAGGAUCAGGGGAGUCCAAUGAUGAAGAGCCCCCUGCUCCUAAGGUUCUGCCCAGAGCCUGCGAGUGUCCCCGUGUUACCUUGCAAGAGGCUUCAUCGCGGGCGCCUGAGCCUGCGUUUCUGCACGUCGGCCCAAACCCGGAGAGGGGAAGCGUUGCAGCGCUCGAUCCCACGGCGGGCAUGGCAUCUGGCACGCACACCUGCUCACCUGCCCAAAGAGCAGAGUUGCCCUCACCAGCCAAGCUGGCGGUUAGCACCUCCUCCUGAACUCCCCGGUCCUUCCUCCCAGCCUCACAGACUUCUUCCUGCUUCUUUGUUUGGUCCCCUUUCACAUAUCCCCGUGCCAGUCACUAUCCCGCUCCCCGUCACUGUUACCGUGUCAGUCCCUUCCUUUGUGUCUGUUCACAUUCUUGUUAGUGCCCCUGUCCCUGUGUCUCUCGUCAUCACGGUCCCUGUCUUCCUUCCCUCCGUCCUACCUGCACUGGCCCGUGUCAUUUCGCUCAGGCCUCGCCAUUUGGUGUUGGUCUGGGGGCCAUCACCUGAUAGGCUGGCACGCCAUGAGUUGUCCCGUGGGAGGGCAUGGAUGGCCCCCUCCUUCCAGACUCCUCCCUGUGUUUGUGUGUGUAUGCUUGUCUUUGGUGCCACACCCCUCCCAUGUGUCGCACCUGUUCCUUGUUAUCUGCAUUGUUACCAUGUAUAUAUAAAGUCCUGUUUAAUCGCUGUUGGUGUUUGACCCUAUGUACACUGUGUAUCAGCUGCACCGUUGUGCAUUAGACUUCCUGUUAUUUUUUGAGUGUUAUUAUCACUUAUUGU